UUCGGGGUCCGCAGCUAUAAGGCUUUUUCGGAGGCGGCCCGAGGUUUCGAUCGGAUAUUUGCGCUCCAUUUUUUGCGUGUUUUCGGGCCCAGGCAGUCGACGAGAUUUGGCCCCUUUUUUUCCCUCCGCUUUUUCGUACACGGAAUCCGGAGUUUGAUUGUAUGAUAGUCGCUGUCUGUACAUAGAUACUCUUGCAGUUGAGCAGCAUUCUCGCCCGAUUGGCUCGGGAUCGAUUCGUUGUCUGAGAGCGAUCUGAUCUGAAGCGCCUGGGGCUGGCGCUGGCACUGCCGGGUCGGUGUGGAGUGGUCGUCGGAGUAGGCGAUUGAUUGAUCGACCGAUUGAUUGAUUGAUUUACCGAUAGAUUCGUCGAUCGAUUUGAGUGGUUGAUUUGGGAGUAGGGGCCAUUUGACGCUGUUCCGGAGCGGGGUUGGAGUCGGCCCUGCUACCAGGCCCCGCGUUGCAGGGCUCGCUGAUCUUCGCUGAGCUUGGAGCGAACGGGGAUGAAGGCAUGUGCCAAUAGCAUGGGUUCGCUGCAUGUUAAAAGCGCUGCGCCUUGCUGCCCACCAGGCCCUCCUCAGCUCAAGUCGGGAAGAGGAAGCAAUGUUAGGGAGCGUCACGGCAAUGUGGACUCGGUGUCUGUAACCUUGAGAGGUGCGUGCCAGUCCAAUUAUGCAGACAGCAAGGUGAACCUCGUGAAGACCUACUCGUUCAUAAAGACAGAUACGUCGUCCAGGUCGCAGAACAGCUCGAAUAAGCAGAAUGGACGGAACGGAGAAAACAGCACGUCGUUAAAAGGGAGAAAGCCUGGAUUAGAACUGCAGCCCCGUGUACAGGAUGCCCUGAAUAAUGGGACCCAAACAGCGGUUAGAGAAGUAGAUGAUGGAGGAAGGCGCAGUAGAGAUCGUCCCAGGAGGCAGCCCACUGGGGAACGCAGAAGGCGCGUUCAGGUCGUUGGAAACAAUGGUUUGGUUGACUUGGAAACCCAGCUGGGCUUGGUGUCCGACGACGAAGUGUCGAGAGAAAUUGACGAUAUUAAGGUUUCCCAGGGCAGGGCUCCUCGUGAAGAAGUUGAACGAACUUUGCUGGAGUCUAGCCUCCAAGGAAUCGGUUCCAGCGAGAUUCAAAGAAGACAAAGUAGUAGUGCGGAGGUCUGCUCUGACUCCGAGAUCCCCUCCCAAGGUGGACCUUCGUUUCAGUCGGCGAGAAGUGACUCUUACUCCGGAAGUAGGUCAGAAUCCAUGGCAGCUAGUCUAACCAAUGAAGUAUUUGACGUCGAAGUGGCAGAUCAGGUGCCCAGGGUCAGUUUUGCCAGUGAACCCAAUGGGCAGGACGAUUGGGUCCGGAAUGGUCCUCGAGGGCCCCCAUCCCUUGCAGAGCUUCCUGGAGGGAGGAGGGUGGUGGAACUCGUUGCUGCUUGGGAUGGCCUGGCUGGAAGGCUCCCUCCUGAAUUGGUGAGAAGUAGUGACUCGGACCUUUUGCUGCGCGCUCUCAAGCUCUCGGUGAUGGCACUGCAGAGUGCCACUCCAACAGCAGACGUAGAUGGUCGAACCCCACUGUGCAGAGCUCUCGCGGUCGCCCACACUCUCGCCGAUCUCGGGAUGGACGCUGAGGUUAUCAGUACCGGUUUACUGAGAGAAGUAGUCGAUGCAGGUCUAAUCAGCUACUCUGUAAUUGAAAAAACUCUCGGAGGAAGCAUACCUCGCCUUCUGCAUGACUGCUCCCGGGUGAGGCACAUCCCUUCUCGUGUGGAGACCCUGGAUGAUGAAAACUCCAAGGCCCUGAGACAGUUCUGCCUUGCCUUUCAUGACAUCCGAUCAGUGGUCGUUGAGCUUGCAAGUCGGCUGGAUACCAUGCGCCACAUUCAUGCCUAUCCGAGGUAUCGACAGCAGAUUCUGGCCCUGGAGACUAUGCAGAUUUACGCACCCCUAGCUCACGCCAUAGGUACGGGUUCAAUGAGCCUCGAACUUGAAGACCUCGGUUUCAGAGUCUUAUUUCCGGAUUCUUAUUCUUUCAUCGAAAACUGGUUGAGGAGCCAUUGGGUGGACGGAAGCGGGGUUGUGGAUGAAUGCAGAGACCAGUUGUCCGCGGCACUCCAAGGAGACGAAGAGUUGCAGGAGUUGGUUGAGAACAUUACCAUAACAGGUCGUUACAAAAGUCGUUUCAGCACAAUGAGGAAGCUUCUCAAGGACGGUAGGAAGCCCGAAGAAGUAUUUGAUGUCCUAGGUCUUCGUGUGAUUCUAGAACCCAAAGCUGGAAGUAAUUCGGAUGAAGAAAGAGAACGCGGCAUUAGAAGUUGCUACAGAGCUAUGGAGGUUGCCACUCAUAUUUGGAAGGAGGUACCCGGAAGGUUAAAAGAUUACAUUGCCGAACCUAAGCAGAAUGGUUACGAAAGUCUACACUUAGCUGUACACCUGUCUGAUCAAAAUGAGUGGCGCCCUCCUAUGGAGAUCCAAAUACGCACCGUGGAAAUGGACACGAACGCCGUGGCCGGCCAGGCUUCGCACUCAUUAUACAAAGGAGGAUUAACUGAUCCAGAACAGGUCAGGAACCUCAAGAUGAUUAUGGUUGCUGCUGCGAAUGUUGCUGCCACGAGAUUCGGUGAGAUAGCUAGAAAUGCCGUGAGCCUGGAAGGAGCUGAUCCGAUCUUAUCUGAGAACGACCAGAUUUUCAAAAUGUUCGAUAAAAAUCAAGAUGGAGUUAUAAGUGUCGACGAGUUCAGAGACGUGAUUCAUGAAUUGGGAGCAGAUAAGGAGGAUGCCUUGGAGCUCAUGAGAAUAGUAGACCUCAACACAGAUGGCUCGGUAUCAGCCGAAGAGUUUGGCAAAUUUCGACAUCAGAUUCAAAUUGCGCAAAAUCUUGCAGGGGUUGACAGGGAGGUGAGCUCUCAACUGGGCACCAAACUGCCGCAGAUAACGGAUACUUCUUCAGAAAUGUUAUGCCUGGGUUCUGGAAAUUGCGGCGAUUUUGAGGUCGAGUUGGAUACUUGCGGUUCGGGAAAGUCAGCUGACAUUGAAGUUAGCAAUCAGUUGCAUGCCGAGUCUUCCUCAGAGGGCAGUCAUGAUAUGGAUGGAGAGGUUGUGCCGUCAAAUAUGUUGGACACGUCUGAUGCCAUCCCCUCUUCGGAUGAGGCAGAGUUGAUUACAAGCAUACAGGUUAAUCCUAGCACCAACACGAGUGAUCCCAACAGGGACAGCCUUCCUGCCCGUUCAGGCAAGCAGAAACCAAGCUUAGUCAAGCCCCUACGCUUGCCAGAAAAACCAUUGGCACCAACCCCAACCACAAACUCAAGAAAGGAUCUUGAUUCUUGGUCAGAGACUCAGGAAUCCAUUUCACUCUGGCCAAGCAGUGUAAAAAACGCUGACCUUGAAGGGCUGAAAGUGCCGGCUCAGAUCGAUGAGUCCUCGGACAAAAGAGUUGAGGAAGACUUAUCAACUUUCAGACGUUUCCUCGCCUCUGGGGAUAAGGCAUCAGCCCGCAAAAUAAUCAUGACGCUGUCCAAGAAGUACCCAGAGAACAUCAAAGUGAUUCUACAUCGUGCUAGCCUUGAGCGCAAGUGUGGUGACAUGGUGGCAGCAGGAGGUUUGUACUCUCAGGCUAUUCGCAAAUUCAAAUUGAAAGGAGAUUUAGGCAUUGAUUAUGUGAGAGCACUUCAAGCCUGGGGUACUCUAGAGGCACAUGUACAAAACCCAGAAAGAGCCAGAUACUUAUUCAUGGAGUCGCUGAAUGCAAGCCAAAAGGGUGAGGUAGAGAGCAGCCUACGGGCCACUGGAGUAUAUGGACUACAUGGAUGGGCAAUGCUAGAGGAACGAACUGGAAACUGGAGCAAAGCCCGCGCUCUUUUACAGCGAGCCGCGGACCUCGAACCUGGAAAUGCCGUCGUACAUCAGUCACGAGCUCGACUUGAAGCACGAGCACACAAUUACGCUGCUGCUCGUUCGCACUUCAAGUUAUCUGUUGAGGCAAAUCCAGAGGAUGCGAAAUGCUGGCAUGCUUGGGCUAUGUUUGAAGCUAGUCAGAAGAAGUGGAGGAAAAUGCGACAGCUCUUUGGACGUGCGUUGGAGGUGGAUCCCGAAAGUACCUACACAUUACAGGCGUGGGCUCAUCAAGAAGGACUCGUAGGGACUGUCGAGUCUAAACUGAGAGCAAGAAAUCUAUACAAGAAAUGUGCAGAGAUAAAUCCGAACAAUGUCCACUGUUGGCAGUCCUGGGCUAUUCUGGAACAAGAAUCUGGAAACUUCGCUGAAGCUAGGAUUCUUUUUGAACGAGGUUUAGGUGCCAAUCCCGAGAGCGUGCUAUGUCUACAGGCCUAUGCGCACAUGGAAAGGAAAUGUGGGAACCUGGAGAGUGCACAAAGAUUGUUACUAGUCGCUCUAGCGAUAGAACCUGAGAAUGCUGCAUCUCUGAUGGAACUGGCUGUUGUGGAAGAUACUUUGGGCAACUUCGAAGUCGCCCAGGAGCUGUAUCAGCAAGCAGCAAUACUGGACAAGAAGAAAAGUCGAGUGAAGCGGCGCACAUUCGAGUCUCGGAAGAAGGAGUUUCAAGUCGAACGUGCUUCUCGAAAGAAGAGUCCAGCUUCUCUGAGGCCAGAUGUAGCGGAUCGAGCGUGGAGAAGUGAGCCUGAAUCAGGUGACAUGGAGAAAGAAAAGAAGACAGCAGUGGCUGUUAGAAGUAAAGAAAUCGGAUCAGAAAGUCGCUUGAGGAUACCCUUCGUCGCUGUAUCCAGCCAAAUUGAUAGGUAACCAGGCCAGUCAUGGGGCGGCUGUAUAUUACUGUAUGCUUGUAGAGUAGCAUUUUUUAGACUCAUAUUCUUGUGACACAGCAGAUGGAGUCCAGUUGUAGGUCUGGUGACCCGUGCUGCCAAGUGUCCACAGACAAGUCUGAAGUAUCAAGUCUAGAUUAUCAUGGUCUAGAUUCUGUACCAUUAUCUCGGCCCUUCCUUGUAGAUUUCAUUUUGUAUCAUAUGGCCAUACGUGAUGAGGUCUGUCCAUAGUGUAACAGUAAUCUUAUCAUUCUUCCUUGGGUUUGUACCCUCGCAUAAUUGACAUUUCAAAUCCCAC